AUGAGGCGGGGUCGAAGCUCCGGAUCGCCGUAUAGGGCGCUGGCUCAUCACCAGAAUGCUGCGGCAGCGGCAGCUUCGUCCGACUCUGUUUCCUUGAUUCGAUCUUUCAAUGUCGAGACAAACCCUACGCGGCCAGUGCGGCCCUCGCCGCUCACAGCAUCGCUCAUUCGAGAUAUGCCAUUAGACUUGGUUGACCGAAUCAGAUCGUUUCCUCUUUUCAUGUCCGCUCCUGAGGAGUUUUUGGUCGCCAUUGGAAACCACUUGAAGCCUCAGAUUCAGAGUCCCAACGAUCAUAUCGUGACUGAAGGAGAUGAGGCCAAGGCAAUGUACUGGUUGGUGCGAGGUGUUGUUGCUGUGACCUCGCGGGACGGGGAAGCGGUCUAUGCUGAGCUUAACCCCGGUUCGUUCUUUGGUGAGAUAGGUGUCUUGAUGCAGAUGCCACGCACAGCUACUAUUGUUGCACGCACGAAAUGUCUCCUGCUGGUUUUGAAGAAAGAGGACCUACAUGCAGUGAUACCCAAAUUCCCGGAUAUGGAGAAAGCCAUUCGAGAAGAAGCACAAGAGCGCCUAAACCUUCUAAAGAAGAAACGACAAGAGGGCGGCAGAUUGACCAAGUCACCUCAAGGGGAUUUCAGCGCUCGGGAGGCAGUGCCUGGCGAGGUUUCCACUGGAGAAAGGGGUAUAAUCAAAGAUGGUACCGUGGUCAACAACAAGAAGAGGAAAUCUCCAAGCCCGGGUAUUAUGGAGGACCCAACAGCUGGUAGCGCCAUUGGAAGUGGUCAGAUUAACAUUCGAACGACACUCAAGGAGCUACCGCUCUUUUCUACCCUUCCUCCAGAUAUGCUUCAUUUCCUCGGACUCAGUGUUCAGCCCAAAACCUACACACCUUUCACAGAUAUUGUUCGUCAAGGUUUGCCGGGCAACGAAAUCUUCUUCAUCGUCCGCGGAGAAGCCGAGGUGAUUCACGAUGAACCAGUUUACGACAGUAAUGUUCAGAACAAGGCUCUAGCUAUUCCGAAGCGACCGCGGUUAAAGGCAGGCCAAUACUUUGGUGAGGUUGCAAGCUUGGGGCUGUCUCGUGGCCGAACAGCUACUGUGCGGUCCAUCACCUCCGUCGAGUGCAUCAUGAUCACUGGAGACGUUCUUGACGAGUUCUGGAGGCGCUGCCCUUCAGAUAUCUUGAAUCAGGUCAAGGAAACGGCGCAGUCGAGAUACCACAAACAGAGUGACGAUGUUGACAUGGUUGAUGCCGAUGGCCGGGAAAAAGCCAACAAAUCUGAUCCAACAACCCCUACGACGCCAACAAGAGCAUCACUCCCCAACCUCACAUUCACGACACCUUCUAAGCCAGGAUCUCCUUCGAAAGAUGACACUGGGAACAUAGCACCUAAGGAUCCUGACCCAUUCCUGAGUGUCAAUAUGGAGAACAUCAGAAAUCGAAGACGCCAUUCUUUAGCGCCCCCUGUGCCUCCUACAGACACAUCCACUUCCAUUACCAAUGGUGCAAGAUCUCGUUUGUCGGAGGUUACGCCUAUCAAGUUUGCAUUCUCCGAGACGCCAUCUGACGACGACGUUCCGGCCAAGCGAGUUCGAACUACUCUGCCUACAAGGCCCGUCACCAUGAGCAAGCCGGUAUUAUCAGAUGAAAUAUUAAUCUACAUUUUCAAGCACAUGGACAUAGGAGAAAUCUUCCGGCUGCGCCUUGUCAGUACACAUUGGCGUAAGCUUCUAACGACGUCGCCCAAAGUCUGCCAGGACGUGGAUCUCUCGAUUUACAACCGCAAGGUUUCUGAUGAAGUUAUACUCAAAGUGCUCGCUCCGUUCAUUGGCACUCGCGCUCUUUGCAUUGACAUAAGCAAUUGCUUCCACAUAACCGACGAAGGAUUCGGGGCUCUAUGGCGCAACUGCGGCAAAAACGUUCAGAAAUGGAAGAUGAAGUCUGUUUGGGACGUCUCCGCUAAUCAGAUUUUGGAGAUGAGCGAGAACGCCAAGGGGUUGGAAGAGGUCGAUUGGAGCAACUGCCGUAAGGUUGGUGACAACCUAUUAGGCCGUGUUGUUGGCUGGGUUGUGCCUGAUCCGCCACCUAACAAGUCAGUUGUUAUUUCCAGCUCAACUGCUCGUUCGCGAACCAAGCAGCAGCAACAGAAGCCUGCACCACAAAACGUACUGCCACCCGGAACUGUGGUAGGAUGCCCGAAGCUGAAACGCCUUAAUCUGUCCUACUGCAAGCACAUUACGGAUCGAUCUAUGGCUCAUCUUGCAGCACAUGCCUCGAACCGUAUCGAGUCGUUAUCUCUUACACGCUGUACAUCAAUUACGGACGCAGGGUUCCAAUCAUGGGCUCCUUUCCGAUUCGAGAAACUUCAACGGCUGUGCUUGGCAGACUGUACAUAUCUAUCUGACAAUGCCGUCGUUGCUCUGGUGAAUUCAGCCAAGAACCUCACCCACCUGGAUCUAUCAUUCUGCUGCGCGCUUUCCGACACUGCAACAGAGGUCGUCGCUCUUCGACUACCCAAACUAAAGGAAUUGCGAUUGGCAUUCUGCGGAAGUGCAGUCAGUGACGGUAGCUUGGAGAGCGUGGCGCUUCACUUGAACGACCUGGAGGCUCUGAGUGUGCGUGGCUGCGUACGUGUUACAGGGCGAGGCGUUGAGAAUGUUUUGAAUGGGUGUGGAAGACUCAAUUGGAUGGAUGUUAGUCAAUGCCGCAACCUCGAGUCUUGGAUUCGAGCUGGUGGUGUGGCGAACUGGGGCUUUGAUGCUCGAAUUGGCCAACGUCCUGCAGAAUCCGGUGAAAUUUCUGCGUCAGGAGAGGGCGAAGACGAUGCUCCGGCACCAAAAGCCAUGAGUGUCGCUAUGCUCACUUCGCAGAACUUUAUGCCACGGUCUGCCUUCGGUUACAGGUCCAAGAGAGCAAGACGACCUGUGAGUUUCGUCAUUGAAAAAGGACGUGGAAGUUUAAGAUGA